AUGAGACUCAUCAGCAUGCAGAAUUGGGAGAUAAAAGACUUCAUCUCCGAUGACCAAGUCCCACCAUACGCCAUUCUUUCCCACACUUGGGACGAAGGUGAAGUUAAUUUUCAGCAGUGGGAAAACAUGGAAUUUUCCGACAUCAGCCACACAAAAAGCUACAGCAAAAUCAAGAAGUUCGGCGAGCAAGCAGCUAUCGAUGGAUUUGACUGGGUAUGGGUCGAUACCUGCUGCAUCGAUAAGAAAAGUAGCGCCGAGUUGGCUGAAGCUAUCAACGCAAUGUUUCGAUGGUACGAGAACGCCGCGGUUUGCUACGUCUACCUGUCCGAUGCCAUAUGGUGUGCAGAUGCAGCAAUUAUGAAUGAGAGACUCCGUAAAUGUCGCUGGUUUACUCGAGGAUGGACACUGCAGGAACUUAUCGCCCCUCGUAAUGUUGAAUUCUAUUCAACGGAUUGGCGGAAGAUUGCAACAAAAGACGAACUUUGUGGCCUACUCUCAUCAAUCACGGGGAUUGAUGAACAUAUCCUCAGAGGCGCAAAUCUUACAGAUGUUAGCAUAGCCAGACGAAUGUCAUGGGCUUCUCGCAGAAAAACCACCCGGACAGAAGACAUGGCGUACUGCCUGCUUGGGAUUUUCGAUGUUAAUCUUCCGCUGAUUUACGGAGAAGGCCUCAAAGCCUUCCGAAGACUUCAAGAAGCUAUCAUGAACACAACACACGAUCAGUCGCUGUUCGCAUGGGGACGCAUCGUCGACCAUCCUUCCGGGCUUAUCGAUAGGGAACAAGAACUCGGUCUCAGCUUAAUUCCAUGGAAGCCUCCGCAACAGCGAGAGCCGCUUCUAGGGCUCUUCGCUGAGUCCCCCCAGGACUUCAACACUUCCAGUGAAAUAUCGCCCGUAGACCACGGAUACGCGCAUCAUCUUAACCGACGGCGCCCCCCGACUAUAGUCAACGGAGGCGCGCUUCUUGACCUCGUCAUUUUAAAAACUCUCGCAUCGGCUUUAUACUGGGACCGCCCGGCCAUCUCUCAGCCACACAAAGCUGAACUUGCUGUUUUGCUCUGCCGCGUCGGGAACACCGGGAGCCAACUCGUUGGAUUGGUUUUGCACUCGUGGGGAGAUGGUUAUUACUCGCGUACAAAAGAACUUGUCCUUGUUGAUAUUUUUGUCAGUCAUGCUCGUUUCCAAAGUUGGACACAAACCCGACAUAUCAUGCCCCAACGCCCAUUUCAACUCCGCAAUGGUGACAUUCUUCUCAGACGAUGGAUAUCUCCGUUCAGGUGUAUUGGGGUAGAGAGACCCACCACAAAGAGCGGUCCGGCUUGGCGUCAUAAGUGGCAUGAUACAGUUCUGCGAUUACAAGAGGAUGUAGUUGGGGACGAAGAGAUAUCUUUUUUCUUCGAGAUACCUUGGGGAGGAGGUGUUGCGAUUACUCUGAGGAGGAUCUCGAAGACUAUGAAACCUAUAGGCUCUCUUUUCAUCGGUGCUUCGCCCUUCGAGACUACCGGUACCACCCUAAACGAUGAUAUGGAACUGCCUAACUGGAUACCGAAGCAUGGAGCACCCUUUCGCUGUCCGGCAUUCGGUCACGUAAUGAAGAUUCCGUCAGAUACUUGGGAGCUCGAGGUUGAGGAUCUGCCCCGAAUAUACGCCAAGGUCGACAGGGUGUUUCUCGACGAAGGAAGUGGUGCAGUUGACGUUGUGGAUUUCAUUAUCAAUUCGGACAGUCGCUCAUGA